GGUGAUUGCUAGGGGAAUUUGUUUGAUCAAUAUAGUUUUAUGAAAACUACGAACAACCACAGGCAGGAAUCUAUUUUUUUACGUUGCAAAUAAGACAACAUAAUGGAGCAAAAGAAAUCCCUCUUGGAGAAAUACGACAUACCAUUAAAUCAUUUGGAUUUUGUGUAUGUUGAAAAAUGCACAAAUGCCCGGGAAAUGGAAAAAAUUGUGCAUAUCCUGCGCUCCGGCGAAGAAGGCUAUUUCCCUGACCUAUUACGCGUUUCGGAGGAGAAGCUGAAGGAACUCAAGCCAGACAGCAGACUUUUUCGCUACGAGGAACCUAUAAAACAGAGCGACGUCCUGGACAAGAAGGAACUGAAGCCCAUUAUGGAUUGGACCAAUGCUAUAAAAUCAAAAGACCAAGCCCUUAACGAACUAAAGAAGGAUAAACUUCUCCUGGAUAUGCCGUCUGUUCGGAAAUUGGCUAAAAUAGACCUUGAAAAAUCAAGCACUGAGCAAUCGAAACCAACCAAAAAGGCACAAGUACCAGCAGCAGCACAGCCUUCUAAGCCCAAGGAGGAAAGGAUCAAAGCGACCGAUUACAGAAAAUGGGAUAAGUAUGAUCCCGACGAGGAGCUAUUACGUAUGGAUCUCAACGAGGAGCGGAACAAAGAGGAAGAGGAGGCAAAGAUGGCCAGUCAACAAAAACCUAUUUCCGAGGACGCUUUACUCGACGAAAAGAAAUCCAUGUACGAGCGACUGCAGAUGCAUCUAAAAAAACUAAGCCCUCUGGAACGAGAGCAAUUUGCUGAAAAACACCGCCUGCGAGGAAAUGAGUUCUUUAGAGCCAAAGAGUACGAAAAUGCCAUUGAGGAGUACAAUUGUGCCAUUCUUUAUGAUCCCGAUAAUGCGGCUAGAUCUUACAAUAAUAGAGCUGUGUCUCAUAUGAAACUAAAUCAUUAUAUUGCUGCUAUUUCGGAUUGCGAAGCUUGCUUGCAGUUAGAGCCGGAGAACGUGAAGGCUUGUCUCCGACUGGCAGACGCUAACUAUGCUCAAGGAAGACGUCGCGAGUCCUACUAUAUGUACCAAAGAGUUCUUCAAUUGGAUCCAGAAAAUACCAGUGCCAAAAAGUCGUUGGAGAAACUAAACUCACAGGUCGGAGAACUUGCGCCCUCAAAUGCCACACGCUUGAUGAUCGAAGAGCUGAAGCCAGAUGCAGAUGAAAAGAAGGCCAAGAGCACCUCCAAUGAAAAGCCAAAAAUAGUUACGAAGGAAAAACCCCCUGCGGAUAGUAAACCUUCUGUCGCCAAGGUGACUCCAGUAAGCAAGUCCCCAGAGCCUAAGGAGUAUGAUCUUGCAGAGUUGGUAAAGCCAAAUCGUGUCGUGAAAAGCAAAUUGGUAACUGCUGCCGAGGCACUGGGCAACAAGAUGCAAGCCCCCAAAACCGGUUUAUCCAAGCAAUCCGCUCCGAACAUUCAACCCAAACCAAUGAAGGAUCCGUCUCCACCAAUGCUACGUCUACCACAGGAAAAUCUCAAUAACAGCAACAAACUCCUCAUCCAAGAAAUUUAGAUGGCAUCUUUAUUGGACUGAAAAUAAAAUAUAGCAUUAUCUAGCA